CGUAGGAAUAUCAACUCCUUUGAUUAAAGAGACUUGUGUCUUUUGCAGUUAAACUAUUACCAAACCAAGGCAAAGUCGUCUUCUCAUUCAUACCUUUAAGGCAGCUUUGUCUUUCACUUCCCAAACCCAAAGUGUGCACGAUUUUCUCUUCUUUUUGGUUUUCUUACUCUCUGCUCAUAUAAACCACCCAAAUGGAUAUCAGCUAUGUGCUUUAGCUAGGUGUUUUGUCUGAAACGUGAAAUAUUUCUUGGGUUGCACAUGCUCUAAGUUUCUAAGUGUUUUUCUUCUUCUUUUGGAUUGAAAAGGUUGAACCUUGAGUAAUACCCAUCUUUUAGGGAAGUAUGGAGAUUAACUGGUAGAAAGUUUGUCUGUUUUCUUCAUUUUUUUCCCUGGGUUUUUUAGGAUUUUCUAUCUUCGGCCAAUGGGUUUCUUCUAGGAAUUAAAGACUGGUUUUUGGGGGUUUGGGGAACAUGGAGAAGGUUGAAUCAGCUAACAAAGCAGCAGUAGAGAGUUGCCAUACAGUUCUUAACAGUCUCUUGUGCAAACCCAAAAAUGAUAUUCAGUCUAAAAGUUUAGGGGUGCAGACUGAGGAGGCUGUGGUUAAGUUCAAGAGAGUUGUGUCUCUUCUGAGUCAUGGAAGAAGGAUCAGAAAGUUGAAGAAGAAGCUCGAUUCAUCUUUGCCUCAAAGCCUCUUCUUGGAUGGCCCUAAUUACAGAUCAGACAUUUCAAGCAAAACCCUCCAAUUACUCCCAGCUACUUUUCCUCAAAACCUACACACACAAAACCAGAAAGUGUUUCUAGGAAACCCAGUGUUGGAUAUGAGUAACAAGCUUCCUCUCCAAAUUGCCAAACCAAAACCAUUGCAGCAGUUACAUAGACUUCAAGUCCAUCCCCAACAGUUCACCGGCAUAAACCUUGCAUUUAACAAGCCUACCACCACACCCUCCUUGUCAAACGCAGCGUCGUUCAUAUCAUGUUUGAGCAUGGAUGCUGGUGGUGUGGCUAACUAUGGCAGCAACUCCUUCAGACUGAUCAAUGGCAGCGUGCCACAGUCGUCUGAUCAGAUCUCGCAACAACAAAGGAGGAGCAGUGGUGCAGAGCAAAGCAGCAGUGUAAAAUGUGGCAGUAAUGAUAAGUGUCCUAAUUCAAGGAAGAGGAGACUGAGGGUGAGAAGAUCUUUCAAGGUUCCUGCAGUGAGUCAGAAUGUUGCAAACAUUCCUGGUGAUGAGUAUUCAUGGAGGAAAUAUGGGCAGAAGCCAAUCAAGGGCUCUCCUUAUCCUAGGGGAUAUUAUAAAUGUAGCAGCAUGAGAGGCUGCCCAGCAAGGAAACAUGUCGAGCGAUGCGUGGAAGACCCUUCAAUGCUGAUAGUCACCUAUGAGGGCGAGCACAAGCAUUCGCAAUCUGCCCAUCAAUGAGAAUGUUCAUAGACCUUGACCUAUUGUAUGACCCUUAGACAACUUGUAAUGACCCUGACUAGUAUUGUCAUGUCUGAGUGAACCCAACGUGAGUUUUUGGAAAUUUCAAUCAAAAGUCAAGUUGCAAAUA